GUGCUGUUGCGGUCUGCUGUAAUAGGCACUACCUUGCAUGAAAAAGAAUAGAUAUAGGAGUAGAAUUAGAAGGAAAUUAGAGACGCGUUAGAGAAUCUAACGCCAGUGUUAGAAGAAUUGUGCAAGAGGUGAACAGGACGUUGAAUUGAUAACAGCCAAGCUUAACUAUAAACAGCCGGUUUGUUUUAUGCCCAUUCAGCUCGUUAAAGACUUACCUCCCAUUGGGUGGAGAUUAAAACGUCAUUCAUUUUGCUUGAUAUUAUUGGCUAUGGAAAUCUAUGACGUAUGCCUAGGCACCUUUUGGACAGUCCUCAAGUCACUUUUAGCGUUAGUAGCAGCCAGACACUAAGAUAUUACAGACGCACAACCCGUGUCGCUCUGUCACGAGUUAUUCAUAGACUUAGACUCUGAUCAAGACACAAGAGUCUUAAUAACUUUGCUUAUAAUCUUAAUCGUGUGAUUGAGUAGUAAAGAAGUGCACUGUUGUUGAGCUGUAAAGACAAUUUCUUUUUCUAAAUAAACUGCAACACGCCAGAUUAACUCUGAUAACCCACUUGCACAAGGAUGUUGUGAGUGAUGAUUAUCGAGAAAGAAAAUAGUCGCCUCCGAUACCAAGCUACGCCCACUGGCACACCGCCGUCACUGAGGUAGGAGUCACAGUGGUGUUCAGCUUAUUGGGAUUCUGAAGCGUAAACAAUCUUCGAAGAGAAAGAAGAAUUUACAAACAUUAGAAACAAACAACAGAAGCAGCAACGGAAGCAACAGCAACAACGCUCCCCAGCCAACACAGUGAGUCAAGGUCAACCUCGCAAGGGUGUACAAGUCCCGCACCGCGCCGCACCACGCCGCACCUCAUCACACUCCCGAGCCACUGCCCACACGAUCAAACUCAAGAGUAACUUUCAAUUAAUACCACCAAUCAACGAGACCAUAAUCAAAAUACUAAAAAGAGACUUAGAAGAGGAAACCGCAGCCAGAGACGAGAGCAGAAUCAACGCCGCCCCAGCAUCCGCCCCGCACACAGCCACCAGCCACAGCACGCCGCCACCAGCAGCCGCCCCUCAAAAGGACAUCGCUACUCACUUGUCUAUACUUUGGUGUGAGUGACGUCAUGAGGAGGUCCGUGCCCCCCCUCGCGCUGCCCGGCCCCCGCCCCCGCCUCCCCCCUGGGCCCCCCCUGCUGCUGAGGUUCCGGCUUCUCGCUCCUCCCAACACAUAACAGGCAAGAUGAUGGCGCUGGUGGUGAGCGGGGCCGUGGCCCAGAAGUUCCUCGGCUCCGUGGUAGAUAAACACUCCCCGAAGUCGAUGGGGCCACACCCGCCUGGCGUCAUGACGGACAACGCCACCAUAGGCGUCUUCAACGGGAAACACGACGAUGGUUCUCGCCUGGACAGCUACAUCAUCAUCCUUGCCAUCGUCAGCACCAUCUUCCCUCUCAUCUGUCUCAUCCUCAGCCUCGUCAUUGCCAGGCGACUGUGGGUCAAGUACCGGGGUGAGAGAUGCCCCGCCACCGUGGAGAGAGAGGACACUGCGCAGACCUCCAUCAAGAGCCGUGAUGGAGGAUCGCGCAAGUCCUCCCGCGCCUCUCGAGUCACCAAAGACCCCAACAGCCGAGACCAGCUCAUCCCCCAGGACAGUAUGAUCACCUCACCUUCGGAAGGACCCGUGGAAGAGGAGGGCGAGGACCACAUGGAGGAGAUUGUCGUGAGAGACGUGGAGGAUGAGUCGAAUGAGGUUGCAUCAAAAGUCUCCGUGUCGAUGAAGAAUCACAGCUUGGUGGUGGAGGUGGAGGGCGCCCCCAACGUGCCAGAGUCCCCAAUGAUUACUGAAAAUGGCAAGACUCAUCACUUGACUGAGGCCCAGGUGGAGCCCCGCGUGUCCACCAUUGCUGGGGACAUGCUCAAAACCUUGCAGCUGCCUGGCGCGGCAGGUGAGGAUUGGCAGUAAGUUUCUUUUCUCUGCCUCCCCUUCAUACUC